AUGACUAGGAAGUCUAACAAAGACAACCUAGUUGAACAUCCGGAGAUAGACAAGCUCGAGAAGUUACUUAGGAAGCAAAGAGCCAAGGAGAUGGCCGACGAACCAGCUCGCGCUCAUGCCGCCGAGGUAGCUCGAGCUAAUGAAGAAGGAAGAGAUCCACCUCCUCCUCAAAAUCUACAAGAUCCUGCUGGGGAUGUUGAUCGUGGGAUCAGGUCUUCCCCUUUCCUAUCCCUGAUUCUGCAAGUGCACAGGUCAGAAGUAGUAAACGGGUAUCGAACACGAGGACCAGAUUGCACACUACAAACUAUGAUUGAGAUCGAGCUAGGGCAAAAGUAUAAGUUGGUUGAGUGCAAUAAAGUAAAGGCAUGCAAGUAA